CUGCACAUUCACCAUCACGUCGGCUUAUUAGUCAUUACGCUUUCUUUCAUUAUUGAAAAAUUCUGUUGAAAACUCUUCUCCUUUAUAAAGAUAAGGAUAUAAAGUUUUCGCAUCUCAUUCCCGUUAAUUGUGCAUAUAAAGUUCAUGAGAAGAUGAGGAUGCUGCACUCAAAGACAAGGGAGGGGAGAUUUGUUGACACCCCCAUAUAUUUGAAUAACAAACCUUGGAUUGUCAUCUAGAGACAAUCAAGUCUGAGUGAGGUUGCUGGAGCGCUUGGAUUAUCAAAGGCGAUACGUCAUUGCGAACUGAAGCGAUUGGCUAGAUUCCGCUCCUUUUUCUCCAGAAUUUGCAACCACGACCGGUCUUCGCCUCCGGAACAGCGAGAUCCCUACAGUAGAGACAGGUGGACUCCCCUGGGACUUAAUUCAUUUGAGAGAAAUGAACGCAAUAUAGCGCACACAUUCGUCGGGGUGGAAAUUUCUAUUCGCUUUCAUCUCCUCAAUUUCUCCCCUGCAAUAGAGACACUAACCGAACCGGAAUAAAUGAGUACCCGGACCUUGGAGAGACUGGCGCUUUCCAUUCCACAUUGUGCCUUAAACGGAACCGCUGGGACCAACAAUGAUACAUGCUUUGACCGGGUGGAUCAGCUGUUCCAGGCGUUCUCAUCCACCGCCGUGCUUUUCGUGCUCAUCGUGAUGAUCAUUGGGAUAAUAUUAGUCUCCAUCAUGACCUUCCACUUUCACAAAAGCAAGAUGAAAAAGCGCAAGAUCCAGAAAGCCCAAGAGGAAUACGAACGCGACAACUGCAGUCCUAAAGCGGCCAAAGGCAAGCCGGUGGUCCGACAGUGUAAAAUGGUGAGACCCCCCACGGCGGUGCGGAAGAGUGAUCCAAACACGGACAGUCUUGGCGUGACACCUGUGAUCCCAGAGGACACGACACACACGGGACAAAUGAAGGACGAUAACUUGUUGGAAUCGGUCGCUGUGUCUUGAUAACGCAGUUCCAGCCUUUGAUGAACACUGUAAAUGCAACCUCUGUAUUCAUAUGAUAUUGCCUACGGAAUAUAUAUAUAUAUAUAUAUAUAUAUAUAUAUAUAUAUAUAUAUAUAUAUAUAUAAAUCCUUUGUAUAAGCUAGAGAGUUCAUAAGUUUUCAUUUUAAGCUUCUGAAGGAGCCUGUGGAAGAAAUCUAUGAACAGUCUUCAAGCUUAACUGCUUUUUGAGGAGAAAAGACUUUUCAAAAAUCCUAAAGGAAAGCUAAUGGGAUUGUUUUCAUAAUUUGGAGCCAAUCCUAAUGGAAUCAAAUAAGAAUCCUAUAGGAAUCAAAUAACAUUCUCCAGUAGGAUUGUAUGGAAUGCUGAUGGAAUUUAUAUCAUUAUUUGGAACCAAUCCUAAUAGUUUCAGAUAAGAAUCCUCUAAGAAUCAAAUAGCAUCCUACAGGAAUAGGCAAAAGUCUGGGGAAAAAAUGCAUUAAUCAGUUAAUGCAGCAGUAUUGAAUGUUAAUGGAGUUUUAUCAUAAUUUGGAGCAAUUCCCAAUAGAGUGAAAUUAUCCUGUAAUGAAAUUCUACUGGAUCAUUUGAAAUUCUGAAGCUCAUUAAUCAAUUAAUCCAGUAGGACUGUACUGAAUGCUAAUGGGAUUUUCAGAAUUUGGAGCAAAUCCGUAUGGAAUCAAAUAAGAAUCCUCUAAUCCUCUAAUCUAAGACUAGGAAUACAUUCGGAAUAUCUUAAAUUCUGGAAAUAGCAUUAAUCAGUUAAUCCAGAAUGUUAUUGAAUGCUAAUGGUAUUUCUUUCAUAAUUUUGUGUCAAUUUGAGGAAAAUGGGAUCAAGCCGGAAAUCCUCAUUCCUAUCCAAGAAUCACAUAGGAUCAUAAUGGAUAGACUUAAAAGCCUUAUUUAUUUAUUGAAUGUCUUUUCGUCCAAUUUAAUCUUACUUUGUUACAAUUCUUGUUUGAUCCCUAAGUUUGGCUCUUAAUUUUGAUAGAAAUUCCAUCCAUUCCAUUUCCAAUCCUUUAGGAUUUUUUGACAUGGGGAUUGUCUUGUCCACUCUUCUUCAUAUUGUCCAAGAGGAACAAUUGUAAACAGGGCUGUUGUUUGAUGAAUUAUGGACCUACUGGCAGAAUAGAGUUAGAUAUUACUGAAUUAAAUUUUGUAGGAUAUUGGGAUGUAAGGGAUAUAGUGAAGUUCCUCAAAGUUUAAGUGACUUUAAGGGAUAAAUCCUGUACAGUCGCUGUCCAGUGCUGCGGUGCUGAAAUAAGAACACAAACAUUCGUCUUCAUCGUGUAGAAUCUCAACACAACUCACAAUACGUUUUGAGUUUUAACGACUCUUAGGUGUCACUCUUUUAGACAACAUUGUGGUUUCUUUUGACAAAUAGAUUUCCUAACUGGGAUAUUCUUUUUCAUUCAUCUUAGUGGCUUUUUGAAGAUAGAGGCUCAAUUCGUGCCAUUCUGGCUCGGCAUGAAUAGGUUUAGUGUUUUAACCCCUUUAUUCCUGAGACUAGUAAAGUGCAAUUGCAGCAGCUAGUGGUAGUAUAGCCUAUAUAUUUGUUUUGUUUAUAGCACUGUAUAACCAUAGUAAAACGUAUGUAACCUAAAGCAUUUAGGUUUUGUGUUACAGCUCUGUAUUAAUGCUUUUCUUUUUGCCUUUUUGCUCUAGAUUAAUAUAACAGCAAUGAUUAAGUAUUAUGUUUUAAACUUAGGAUACUAAAAUAGUGUAUCAAUAAAGCUACAAAUAAUAAGAUAACAUUUUAGAAGUCAUUUUAUGUAUUUCCUUGACGUUGUGUUGAAUUGGAAAUUGGAGUUAUAGGCAGAAAUCACGUUAUGUAACAGACCAAAAUUUUAACUUUUGCUUUUAUUUUGUUCAAUGCAUACAAUUUUUAAUUACCAAUAAAGUGUUGU